UCCCCCCUUAUUAUCCCCUCCCAUUCUCAUUCAGCACUCUCCAUAUACCCCUCUGAGCUGGACCGCUCCGGGACCUUAUCAACCUCUCUGUCGGACACUGUUGGUCGGUGUCACCUGAGCCACAGACCCGUUGAACCAGUGUGGGGGAGCAGACAUGACCGAGGCCGCCUUUCAUUACCCUGCGCCCGCAGAGCCCCCGUAUCCAGCUCGCCGUUUGUUCCAUCAGCCAGCCCAGGUAGCUCACCUCCAACAGCUCCUGACUCUGCUCUGCUGGGACUAAACCUGCCUGUCUGUGCCAGGACAAAUACUCCACCGCUCUCUUUUAUCAUCUCACCUACUGCAGAAUUCCUUUUGGAGACCAGAAGCUUGCUGUUGCCCUGAAACCUUACGCAUUGGAUUACGCACGCACCGCAGCUGUCCACAGCGCCAGUCUGAGGGUCAGCGAGGUCGAUUGGAGUUGGUUAUCUGUGACGCGCGAGCGCGCUUUCACCUGUUCCUCUCCUUGUCGGGGACGCGCAGCGUUUAAAGCCCUAACCUUGCCCCUUUGCUCCCCCGCCCACCCGUCUCUCCACCGGUCUGGACAGCUGUUAGAGGUUGCCCGGCGGUCACAGUGGCACACUUACCCUGGCCUCACACACCACCUUGCCCGCGCCCGCACACUUACCCACGCCGGGGGAACCGGGGCACACCGCCGCCGAUGCCAACGGGAGUGUCCGCUGACUCUUUGACUCUGUACAACAUCCAGCGGUUUCAAAACACACAGGGGAACUCUCCGGACUGUCGGACUGGCUCGGACCGAGCGAGGAGACUGUCUCUGGGCCAAGAUUCAUAGUGGAGGGGGGAAGCAAUGUGGUCCCUUCUUUCCACGUUGACCGUCUUAUGUAUCCAGAUGUUGCUGGUGAUGUGCAAUCCAUUACAGCAGGUACUUGGUGUGGAUGGAGUCAACUUCAGUGUGCAUGUGGAGAACCAGACACAGGUGCGAGACACCAUGAGUCGGCGACACCACCGGGUCUACCAGCUCUACAGCCGCACCAGCGGCAAACAUGUCCAGGUGCUGGGGCGCAGAAUCAGCGCCCGAGGAGAAGAUGGAGACAAAUAUGCCCAGCUCGUAGUGGAGGCCGAUACCUUUGGUAGCCAGGUGAGAAUCCGGGGCAAAGAAACCAAUUUCUACCUGUGCAUGAACCGCCGCGGAAAGCUGGUAGGAAAGAAGGCCAGUAAUCGAAGCGCCGACUGCGUCUUUGUGGAAAAGGUUCUGGAAAACCACUACACAGCUCUGAUGUCGGCGCGUUACACGGGCUGGUAUGUGGGCUUCACUAAAAGAGGGCGUCCUCGCCGUGGCCCACAUACACUCCCCAACCAGCAGGACGUGCACUUCAUGAAGCGCUUCCCCCCCGGAGAGCAGCCUGACCUCACCACCCCCUUCCGCUUCACCACCGUCAGCAAACGGGGCAAGAGGGUGCGCGCUACUGGGCCCCGCUAGUAGUGGCUAACGCUAGCAUCCACUGUCUUGUCAUCCAAAGCCUUGACCUGAUCCUGCCAAUGGCUAACCCAGUCAUCUCUUCUGUCACACACAACUGAACACCUCCCUUUGUUGGGACAAACAUUGACCAGAAACUGGAUGAAUCAUUCAUGGGGUUUAGCUUUACACCUACUAAUUUGCCACUACAGCCCCAUAGUUAUUGAUCAUUCCUCUCAGUUUCAGUUCCCGUACUGGACCAACUGGACCAUUAAUGGUCCAUGGCUGGAAGCUCUAUGGACCGGGUCUGCUUCCCUUCAUUGGCCAGAAAUACUGACAGGGAACCUGAAGGGUAGCCCGCUUCCCAGGCUCUACAAAGGCCUUUAUUCCCCCACCACGAAAACCACAAGGCCUUCGUGUCUCCUGUUCUGGACCAGCUAGACACUGUCAAAUACAGGAUUACAACUGGACCAUGCAGAGAGAACAAGGGUGGAAAAGACUGACUGAACAAGAGAGUGGGUGCUUAGCCUACGGAUAAAGGGAAAACAGGAAGGAGAAGACAGGAAAAUGGCGGAGUGGACAAAGGGAUAGAUUGAUCUGCACAGAUCAAGUGGACCAAUAAUGGACUGUUGACAUGUGACGCACUUAGUUGUCUCACUGCUAAAUUGGUGGGAACCUGUGAGACUGUUGGAAGUAUGGAAGAAUGGAUGACAAGAGGAUGAAUGAGGGAAUGACAGAGUGAGUGACUUACUGAAUAAAUUCAUGUUUGUAAGAGGAAGACGAGGAAAUGUAUGUAAGAGCGUGUGUGCGUGCUUGUGUGUGUGAGUGAGUGCACCAACAACCAUGAGUGAAGCUGGAUCACGAGGAACUCUGGAAAGGGACCAUGCAGUCCCUGCAUGAACCCGUGACAACUCACUGCAGGGACUGAAGCUUUAGGAACUGGAAUGUAUAAAAACCAAGCUGCACCAAAUACAGCCAGCCAAUCACAGCAAACCAAACCAACAACCAACCAAAGACAACUGGAGACCUUCUUCAUGACUCCCCCCCACCCACCCCCACAGACACAACACCCUCAGCUUAUAGGUGCAGAGGGUGACGAGCGCAGGGACGAGCACGGCGGGGAAGGUGCCUUCUCUAUUAGCAUUGCUAUAGAAACGACCCAGGGGAUGAUGCUCCCGUGUGAUACCGUGGAUACAGAGUGCUGCUACCAGGACAUUCAGUGGAACAAACCAAAGUCUCAUGCAUACACACAGGAGAAAAAAUAUUAAAGGGAACAAUUUAUUGAAAGUUAUAUAUAUUAUAUAUAUAUAAAAGAAGACAGAAACCCUAAAUAAGCAAUCUUAC